CGAGAACAAACUGUCCCUGAUGAAACGAACGGAACAGCUCGGUACUCGGAGCGGGGAACAGCUGGUGUCCGGGUACUUGUUGCGGGGAUUUGUCUUCCACGACAUUGACCCUGAUAUGGCGGAGGAUCAUGUUGAAGCAGGACCAUCACCACCCCCGCCCAAGGUGUUCACUGAUGAUGAAAUUAGCUCGGGUGAUUCCUAUGCAGCGGAGGAGGCCGGGAAGCUGCAGAUGAAAAGAAGUGAAGAUCGCGCAUACGACCCAGCAGUAGAAGAGCC